AUGAUUGCUUUCCGCUCCGCGACCUUUUUCGAAGGAAGCGCGCAUGUACAGCCACAUUGUACAGCCACGAUUUGGAUCCGGGCUGAACAUCACCCAAGCCCUGCCAAUUUCCGAGCGUUCGGGGCCUUUUCCUUGUACGACGUCGCCGUGCUGUGCUUGGUGCUGAGCGUAUAUGUAAUCCGCUCGCCAAGCAUGUCGAUCGUAAAAAGACCCACCAUCCGGAACCGCAGGAUAUCCUCUUCACCAUCACCGCCGGGGAGCCCCCAUCUGGCCUAUGACCCCAUCAGGAUGGAGGAGGUGACUCGUGUGGGACUCGCCUCCGCAGUACCUCUUUCCAUCAAACAAGUCGAUCUCGACGGCUACGAUAUCGUUCCUCCAGUACACGCAAACCACAACACCAUCGAAUUACCCCACAGCAGCUUCUACAGUCUCCCAGAGCUGCAGGACGACAUCGCCAAGGCCAUCUCGGCACAAAACGGCUUCCCUCACCGUCGCGUGGAAGCGAAGCGAGACUUUUAUCUCAAGCUGUCGGCGCACUAUAGACGGCAUAGUGAUGAGAAACGGCAGGAUGUGCGUGUUACAGCGAACAAUUGGGAUGAGCUGAGGUUGUUGCUGUUGGGUGAUGAGGUGCAUGUAGCGUGCUUUUCCGUGCUGUGGUGGAAGAAGACUACAGGGCAGAGAAGAGCUGAUCGUGCCGAAGUGGGCAACAAGCUGGCUUGUUGUGUUGUGCAGUAG